AUUUCGUCCACGGAUAAUCAACUUCUCACAUUUCUCACAUAUGCCGGUUGCACGUUGUCAAUAGUCUGUCUCACCUUGACAUUCCUCUGUUUCGUUAUUUUUGUCAAAGGAGGAGGCGAUAGGGUUUUUAUUCAUAAAAAUCUUUGCCUUUCUCUUGGUAUAGCCGAAGUGGUGUUUCUGGCAGGAAUUUGGAGAACUGAAGAAAAGUUCGAAUGCGGUAUGAUUGCUGGCUGUCUCCUUUAUUUCUUCCUGUCAGCCUUGACAUGGAUGUUACUUGAAGGUUAUCAACUUUAUCAAAUGCUCGUUGAGGUUUUCCCUGCUUCACGACGCCGACUGACCUUCUUUCUCAUCGGUUAUGGCCUACCAGCUAUCAUCACUAUGGCGGCCGCCUAUUAUGAUCCAACUGGCUUCGGAACUCCGCAACCAUUGCUGGUUUGUUGCUGGCAAAUCGACGUUUUUCUCUUGAUUGUUGGCUUAGGCUAA